GCGGCGGAGGCGGCUGCGGGGAGCGGCGGGCGGCGGGCGGCCUGUCCGCAGUGGAGCCCGCGGCGCCCUAGGCGCAGGGAGUGGCCGUCGCCUCCCGCGCGCAGCGCUCCCGAGAUGGCGGCGGCGGCGGGGCGGCGGCGCGGGGAGCCCGGGAGGCGCCAGCCCGGCGCAGGCUGAGCCCACCGGCCCGGCAGCUCGCGCAGGGCCCGCGCCGCGGCGGAAACGGGGCCGGCGGCCGGCGGAGAGGCGAGGCCGGGGCGGCCCCGGAGCGGAGCGUCGGCGGGAGGCCGCGAUGGCGAACGCCAGCGAGCCGGGCGGCGGGGGCGGCGAGGCGGCCGCCCUGGGCAUCAAGCUGGCCGCGCUGAGCCUGCUGCUGUGCGUGAGCCUGGCGGGCAACGUGCUGUUCGCGCUGCUCAUCGUGCGGGAGCGCAGCCUGCACCGCGCCCCGUACUACCUGCUGCUCGACCUGUGCCUGGCGGACGGGCUGCGCGCGCUCGCCUGCCUCCCGGCCGUGAUGCUGGCGGCGCGGCGCGCGGCGGCCGCGGGGGCCCCGCCGGGCGCGCUGGGCUGCAAGCUGCUCGCCUUCCUGGCCGCGCUCUUCUGCUUCCACGCCGCCUUCCUGCUGCUCGGCGUGGGCGUCACCCGCUACCUGGCCAUCGCGCACCACCGCUUCUACGCCGAGCGCCUGGCCGGCUGGCCAUGCGCCGCCAUGCUGGUGUGCGCCGCCUGGGCGCUGGCGCUGGCCGCCGCCUUUCCGCCCGUGCUGGACGGCGGGCCCGAGGACGAGGACGCGCCCUGCGCCCUGGAGCAGCGGCCCGACGGCGCCCCCGGCGCGCUCGGCUUCCUGCUGCUGCUGGCCGCGGUGGUGGGCGCCACGCACCUCGUCUACCUCCGCCUGCUCUUCUUCAUCCACGACCGCCGCAAGAUGCGGCCCGCGCGCCUGGUGCCCGCCGUCAGCCACGACUGGACCUUCCACGGCCCCGGCGCCACCGGCCAGGCGGCCGCCAACUGGACGGCUGGCUUCGGCCGCGGCCCCACGCCGCCCGCGCUCGUGGGCAUCCGGCCCGCGGGGCCCGGCCGUGGCGCGCGCCGCCUCCUCGUGCUCGAGGAGUUCAAGACGGAGAAGCGGCUGUGCAAGAUGUUCUACGCCGUCACGCUGCUCUUCCUGCUGCUCUGGGGGCCCUACGUCGUGGCCAGCUACCUGCGGGUCUUGGUGCGGCCGGGCGCCGUGCCGCAGGCCUACCUGACGGCCUCCGUGUGGCUGACGUUCGCGCAGGCCGGCAUCAACCCCGUCGUGUGCUUCCUCUUCAACCGGGAGCUCCGGGACUGCUUCCGGGCCCAGUUCCCCUGCUGCCAGGGCCCCCGGGCCGCCCAGGCCGCCCUCCCCUGCGACUGGAAAGGCGUCGGGUUGUAAGGGCUCUCCCGCCUCCCGCCCCGCCUUGCCCUUCGGCUUGGACGCUGACGCCGUUCUUCCUCUCUGCUCCCCUUUAAUUGUCCAAACUGCCUUCGAAAUGACUCCAAGUGCGUUAGCGCGUGGCCUGUACAGACUCCUUUUAGGGGGAAAGGGGUUUCCAUUUCCAGCCCCACCCCUGCUCAGCUCGUUGUUCUCCUAAAUAUAUAUUUUCAUCCUGAAAAUAGGCCCCGCGGUCUUUGUAUUGGUACUGAUGUCUUCUAUUCCAUGUUAUUACUUUUGAAAAUAAAGGCUAAACUAAUUUUCUUCA